AUGACCGUGGGCCCUGCCCUGUGGCUGGGCCCUCUGCUCCUGGUUUCCCUCUGGGGCUCCUCAGCUCCAGCUUCUCUUCUUAGGCACCUCGGUGAGCACAUUCAGCGGUUUCAGGAGAGCUCUGUCCUGAGCCUGAGUCUGGACCUGGGGGUUGCAACGCUCCCUAAAGAGGGUUGGCUGGAGCAGUCUCUGGACCCCUUCAACGUAUCUGACAGGAGGUCCUUCCUACAGCGGUACUGGAUAAAUGACCAGCAUUGGGUAAGCCAAGGUGGACCCAUAUUUCUGCAUCUGGGAGGUGAGGGCAGCCUUGGGCCAGGCUCAGUGAUGAGAGGGCACCCUGCAGCCCUGGCCCCAGCCUUGGGGGCCCUGGUGAUAGGCCUUGAACACAGAUUUUAUGGCCUGAGUAUACCUGCUGGGGGCUUGAAUAUGGCCCAACUUCGCUUCUUGUCUAGCCGCCAUGCGCUGGCCGACGUGGUCUCCACCCGCCUCGCGCUUUCCCGCCUCCUCAACGUCUCCUCCUCCAGCCCCUGGAUCUGCUUCGGAGGCUCCUAUGCCGGCUCCCUGGCCGCCUGGGCGCGGCUCAAGUUCCCGCAUCUCUUCUUCGCCGCGGUCGCCUCCUCGGCCCCGGUACGGGCCGUGCUGGAUUUCUCCGCGUACAACGAAGUGGUGUCCAGGAGCCUCACGAGCGCGGCGAUCGGCGGCUCCCCGGAAUGCCGGGCAGCAGCGUCCACGGCCUUCGCGGAGGUGGAGCGGCGGCUGCGCGCAGGAGGGGAGGCGCGGGCGGCGCUGAGGACUGAGCUGGGCGCGUGCGCGUCCCUGGACAGCGCCGAGAACCGAAUGGAACUGCUGGGGGCGCUGCAGGCUCUGGUGGGGGGCACAGUGCAGUAUGACGGGCAGGCGGGGGCUCCGCUGAGCGUGCGACAGCUCUGCGGACUCCUCCUGGAGGGCGGGGUCAAUGGCAGCAGCCCAGUGCCCUAUCGCGGACUGCGUCGGGCUGUGCAGGUUGUCAUACACAGCCUGGGCCAGAGGUGUUUAAGCUUUUCCCGAGCAGAAACAUUGGCACAGCUGAGGGUCACAGAACCCCAAGUGUCUGGCGUGGGUGACCGCCAGUGGUUGUACCAGACAUGUACUGAAUUCGGCUUCUAUGUCACCUGUGAGGACCCUGGAUGUCCUUUCUCCCAGCUCCCAGCACUGCCCUCCCAGCUAGAGUUGUGUGAACAGGUUUUUGGGCUUUCAACUUCAUCCAUAGCCCAGGCUGUGGACCAGACAAACUCCUACUAUGGUGGCCAGACCCCAGGGGCCACCCAGGUGCUGUUUAUUAAUGGAGAUACAGACCCCUGGCAUGUGCUAAGUGUAACAAAGGACUUGGGAGUCUCGGUAUCAGCCCUUCUCAUCCCUGGUGCCUCUCACUGCUUGGAUAUGGCACCUGAGAGGCCCUCAGACUCCCCCAGCCUCCUCCUAGCGCGCCAGAGCAUAUUCCAGCAGCUGCAGACCUGGCUCAAGCUGGCAAAAAAGAGCCCAGUUAGGGGUGGGGUCUGA